AGUUUCUCUAUCCUUAUAACGGUAACAGACUGGCCAGUUCUACUAAAAAACGAAAGUGCCUGUAUAUAAGCGAAAUGAGAGUUCCCAAGCGUUCAUUUUCCUUUUGCCUUUCGUUCUCCUCUCUAUCCUUUCUCGAAACUUCCGUUUCUACUCCCGCUGCAAUUUCGCCGACAAAGGCAAGCCGCUUCGUUCUCCAGGUCUGGAGGGGGGGAUGGGUUCUGGCGUUCUGCAGCACAUUCGUAUAUCUGGCAAUGCGAUCCAAAUAAAUAAUUCAAGUUAUGACACUUGCCCAUACAUUCAGGUUGUGCAAUGGCUGGUGUGGGCUUGAAGGACCAGGAAAAACCACUUGGAAGAGAAAAUGCUGCUGAUGAUGGUCAGAGUUCUUGCAUAUGGGCUCCUAAAGGAGGCUGCAAAUUUGAGCUCGAUUCAGUAGAGCAGGAGGAUCAGUUGACCCAUGAAAUAUCUCUUCCGGAUACUAUAGAAGAUGAAGAUGCACUGAAUAUUUUCAAGCCAGAUCCCAAUUACUUAGAAAACGAAAAUAAGUAUGAAGAAUCGAAAAAGGCAAUACUAGGUGAUGAAUCUGAGGAAGAAGGGGAUUUUGAUGCUGAGUCUGUGGAUGAAGAUGAAGAUGAAGAUGAAGAGGAUGAAGUCGAUGACAAUGAAAAGCAAAUGAAAAUAGCCGAUGAGAUGGAAACAAACUUAGGCAACCUUCGAAGAAUCAUCUAUCUAACAAUAAUGUCAAAUGUGGACUUUGAAGAAGCAGGCCGUAAACUGUUGAAGAUUAAACUUGAGCCUGGUCAAGAGAUGGAAUUAAGCAUAAUGCUUCUAGAUUGCUGCAGCCAGGAGAGAACCUACAAGUGUUACUAUGGGCUUUUGGGUCAACGUUUUUGUAUGAUCAACAAGAUUCACCAGGAGAACUUUGAAAGGUGCUUUGUGGAACAGUACUCGAUGAUUAAUCGAUUGGAAACCAAUAAACUGAGAAAUGUUGCCAUGUUCUUUGCCCACUUGCUUGGAACUGAUGCAUUGCCUUGGCAUGUUCUGGCUUACAUUCGACUCACAGAAGAAGAUACCACCUCCUCUUCCCACAUCUUCAUCAAAAUUCUCUUUCAGGAAUUAUCUGAACAUCUUGGGAUCCGGCUUUUGAAUGAACGCCUGAAUGACCCAACCAUGCAAGAGUCGUUUGCCUCUAUUUUUCCAAAGGAUAACCCGAACAACACAAGGUUUGCAAUUAAUUUUUUCACAUCCAUUGGCCUAGGUGGGAUCACUGAGAACCUCCGAGAACAUCUGAAGAAUAUGCCACGCCUCAUCAUGCAGCAACAACAGAAGCCCACCUCCCCUGCUUCUUCUGAUUCAUCAGGCUCGCCAUCCAGCAGCAGCAACAGCUCUGAGAAAGAGGACCUCACCAAGAAAAAGCAGGAGGCAUUGAUCUGCCCAAUUGUCUGACUCUGUAUAUAAUCUUUUUAGACCGAGUUCUCUUUUUAAACAUUUUUCCUAAAACAAAUAGGUGACUUUAUACUUUCCCCACUGUUUUAUAUUUUUAUGCAACUCAGAAAUACUGCCUGAGUAUGAGUGUCUAGGAGACUGGUUUGCUUUUCUUGUCCAAAAGUUUGCAGACAAUGCGUCAAUGCUUGCGUAGGUUUGUUCGAAAUGGAUGCUUAAACCAUGCUUACAGACUAGUGGUUAAUAUCAAACAUUCAAACAUUAAUCCCCCCUCACUCAACAAGUUCUGUAAUUUCAGUAGGG